UAGCGCCCGGCUCUAUCCUUACUCACGUCACGUGACGACCCUUUAUAAAUGAAGGCGCGAUCACGUCGUGUCGGAUCACAGAACAUCGGGCAAGCGCGCCUACUAGCUAUUAACAGUAAAAGUCCACGAGAAAGGGAGGGAACAACCGCGAGCAGCGAAUCAAGCCAAGGGUACAUACGGCGAUGGAGGCGGCCAAGGAGCGGCAGCAGCGGAAGGCCGCCGGCGAGGGCGACAGCACCACGGUGCAGCUGCCGACGGAGACGAGCCCGUACGUGCAGUACGAGGGCCUCGAGGACUACAAGAUGCGCGGCUACGGCGCGCAGGGCCACCUCCCCGUCUCCGACGUACCCCACGGCGGCUCCGGCACUGAGGCGCCCACCGUCCCCGGCACUGCCAUCCCCGUGGCGGAGCCGAAGCGCCGCGACGACGUCCAGCCUCAGCGAGACCUGGGAGGAGACGGAGGAGGGGGCGUCCGGCGCCCCGGGGACACGUCCACCGACGCCAUCAACCGCCACGGCGUGCCGUAGCUUUAGCUUGGCUUUGGCUGGGUCUCGUCCGGGCGCGCGCGUCUCCAGGAGACCAGGACACAUGGCCGAGCCUCUCGUCAAUGUGAGCCUGUCCGUGUGUUGGAUGUAAAACCAUACGCAAGUUCUGUAACUAAAAAUAAUGGGCGCUUUAUGUCACUGCAAUAACUUGAUACGAGUGACUAGUGCUGGGAAUAUGGGCUA